CGAGUCUCUUUCAUUGCACACACACGCAAAUAGCAGUACGAGAACAAGAAGGAGAUGGCGACUGCAUCCAAGGCUUUGGUGCUCAUGGCGUUCAUGGCCGCUGCACUGUGCUCUGUGUCCAUGGCCACCGGGCUGCAGCACGGCUACUACUACUCGUCUUGCCCGAAAGCGGAGGACACGGUGAGGAACGUCGUGCAAGGCAUGAUCAACAAUGACCCCACCAUGGGCGCCGCCUUUGUUCGCCUCUUUUUCCACGACUGCUUUGUCAGGGGUUGUGAUGCCUCCAUUCUGCUGGACCCGACACCCAGCAACCAACAAACUGAGAAAACAACAAUCCCUCUGCGCGGGUACGAGGCCGUGAACAAGAUCAAGGCCGCCGUGGAGGCCGUCUGCCCGGAAGUCGUCUCUUGUGCCGACAUCCUGGCCUUUGCGGCGCGCGACUCCGUGGCCGCCUCCGGCGACUUCACCUUCCACAUGCCAUCCGGCCGCCUCGACGGCUUCCAGUCAAUCGCAGACGAGGUCUUCCAAGGCAUCCCAUCCCCGGCGUUUCAUCUCCAAGAACUCCUUGACAACUUCGCUGCCAAGGGCCUCACCGCCGAGGACCUGGUGGUGCUCUCCGGCGCGCACUCCUUCGGCCUCACGCACUGCAACUUUGUCACCCCGCGGUUGUACCCCACCGUCGACACCACUAUGAAUGCCACCUUCGCGGCGGCGCUCAAGAAGGUGUGCCCGCCGCCGAGGAACGGCGGGGGGUUCAUCUCCGUGAGCAACAACCGCGUGACGGACCCGAACAAGCUGAGCAACCAGUUCUACCAUAACGUGGCCUCUGGGCAAGUGUUGUUCACGUCGGAUCAGACGUUGAUGGACCAGACACCGACGACCGGCAACAAGACGGCGGUCAUGGUAGCUGAUAAUGCCGCUAACCCCAUCGCAUGGAUGGUCAGGUUCGCGGCGGCUCUGGUGAAGAUGGGAGGCAUUGAGGUGCUCACCGGGACCGACCCCGGCCAAGUCAGGAAGGUCUGCUUUGCCACCAACAGCGCGAGCUAGAAUCG